GUGUGUGUGUGUGGCGUGUGUUUGUAGUACAACAAGCCGUCCUCAUCCGAUCAGACGCGCAUCGAUCGACGCGGGUUGCUGUCUCCGUCUCUCUUCUGCAUCCCUGGCACACACAGGUGGUUCGAGAACAAGUGGCACUUUUCUUCCCCACCAAGGCUGGACACAGCACCGCCCCUGCAUCACUUCUGUACGGGAAAGAGAGCGAGCGAGUCAGGGGAGGUGAUGGCGGUGUUUGCAAAUUGGCGGCCCAUUGGUUGAUUUUGCUUAUUUUUACGGUUUUCCUCUGACUGUCGAGGUCUGCGCCUGCACGCGGAUGCACGACGUUUGGCCGUUUGGGCCUGGCGGCGUACCGAUUUGGCAGACCGAAUCAGUUUCUUGGCCCCGAUCGUCAGUCGGUUAAUAGGGCUGGGACGCACGGUCACGGCUCGCCGCAGUGCAAUCAUAGUGUUUGUGUGUGUGUGCCUGUCUGUCUGUGUGUGAGGAAUUGUGACCGGUCGGGAAAAUGAUUGCACGUGGUUGCAUGGCAAACGAUAUGAUUGCGUGCGUUGUGCUUCCUGCGCUUGUCGCCCUACUGCUGGCAGCGAAGCCGGGCGCCUGCACCUAUCGCUACAAUUACGAAGAUUAUGACACGAUGAUGGGUACGUGCCGGGAGAACGAGGUGUGCAAUAUCGUGCACCACCGGCACUGGAUGCCGAGCACGGUGGAUAAGGUGUGCCGGUGCCCGCUCAACACGCCCAGCUGCCCGGUGGUGCAUACGCGCCACGGCAACGUGAUGAACGUGAACAGCCGGACGCAGAUGAAGUUCUGCGCACCGCUGCGCAAUCUGCGCCCGUGCCGCGACGGCGAGAUUGCGCUGCGCCGCAAAACGCUCUACCAGUCGUACGGCGUGAAGAACGUGUCGAUCGUGGUCGACUGUCUGUGCGACCAUCGGCAGAGCUACUGGACGUUUCACAACCGCUCCGGGGAGGAUUUUAACGACGCGCAUCAUCUGUUUACGGUGGUGCAGAAUUACAAGUGCGUCGCAAUGAAACGCUGUGCACCGCACGAGUUCUGUGGCUAUGGGCGGCGUGACUAUGGGUUUAUCUAUCAUCGCUGCACCUGUCCCGUGUCGCACCAGUGCAAGUUUGAUCUGGACGAGUACGACGAUGACGUCAGCGAGCUGUUCUACCAAGGGCCGGCCUAUCUGGCCCGCUGCGUCCCCAUCUAUGACUACGACUGGUGGUGAUGCACCAUCCCAUUUAACACGCACACUUAACACUAACCUGGAAGGAUUGGGAGGCGACCGAUUUGGCGACCGUGCGUGCUCGCUCCUCAAGCCGCUCCGCUGGGACCGUUUCCGUCACGAGCCCGUAAUCCAGUGCAGCUGCUGCCGUUAACCGUUUGCCUUGCAGAAACAGAUCCGUCGUCUGUGGUGAGAGGGGGAGGGCAGCAUGGCACAAAGAAAUAAAAUCUGAUAAGCACCA